AUGUAUAUGCAUUGGAAAGAUAUUAGAUCAAGUACAUGGAAAAAUGUUGAAACUGUGGAGAAUACCCAGGCAUUAAUAGAUGGCGGAGGUCUUCCAGAUAAGUUCGACCUUACAGAUCUGGUUCGCCGUCUUGGCAGGAAAUCUGCUGUAGUAGAGUUGGUAUGUAAACAAAUCUAUGAGAAAAUCAAAGCUGCGUUGCCGAUUUGUGCAUAUGUAUAUGCUGCAUAUACGAAAGAAAAUGAUCGUGAGUUGCAUUUUUCAGUGUACCUUGAGUCUGAAGGUGUCCAACGUUCCGAUUUAUGCUUCGAUUAUGACAUCUUAUUCAGAAGCUGCAAGACAAAGGAUCAAGCCGAUCCUUAUAAUUUGACAACAUAUCCGGAAAGUGAACUUUUGGCCGAGGAAUCAUCGGCUGUUAACGAAACAAUAAAUAUAAUUUCGAAACAGUAUAUGACAAGCCAUAAGUUUUUGAGCGCUAUAACUGCAAGAAAAAUCAGUUUUGAAAGAGAAGAAAGUUUAUGCAUUGUUAUGUACGUUCAUCCUUGCACAAACAGGUACUACAGCAUUCCACACACAGAAGAACCACUACCAAGUACAAUCCAAGGCUAUAAGGUAGUUGUUCGAAACGGAGUAUUCAAAACAGCUUCAGACCCAGAUUAUCAGGACAAUUUACUUAUGGGUUGUAAAAUUUCUUCUGAUUUCUCUGACGGUUUUGGAACUUUAGGGGGAUUUAUUGACCACCCUGAAUAUGGGCUUUGUGGAUUCACUUGCGCCCAUGUCGUUUACAACACUGGGCAGUUGAAAAAAUUGAAAGAUAAAGAAAGACAACAUUGGUCAGCUGCAAAGGAUCCAUGUCUAGUGUACCAGCCAUCCAAAGAGGACGAGCACAUAAUAGGACGCGUUGUUGAGGCAACCUUAACAAAGGGUGGCGAAAACAACUCUGCAGGUGUUGACCUGGCUCUAAUUCAGAUAGAAGAUCGCCAUCCAGUUGCAGGAACAUUUCCAUAUGGCAGUACAAAUGAGAACCUACAAUAUGUCACAGGUAAAACUUGGGGAAAGACGAGAAUAAAACGUUCCAAUGAAAUCCAGAAAUGCGGGUAUGCUUCCGGUAUCACCAGUGGAAAAGUAAUGUUUGACCGUUUGUCCGUUAGAGAAAUUGGAUUUCAAGCUAAAGAUAUGCUCGGAGGUGCGAUAUUCUUAAAUCAGUAUGAAAUUGUAAAUGAAAAUAUGAAUGUCUGUAAACGGGGGGAUUCUGGUGGUUUGGUAUUUACGAAAGAUUAUACGAAUGAUUUAAUAUGUAUAGGAAUGGUUAUUGGAGUUUUGAAUGAUGCUGAUAACAAUGAUCUGCAGCAUGGUGUUGUUACCCCUAUUACAGAUAUACUCAGGGAGCUUAAAGUACAAAAUCUAAAACCAUUCAAAGAGGAGCUGACAGUUGCACAUUUAGAGAAGAAGUUGUCUGAAAAUGUUAAAGAAACGAAAAAAAUGAUACAAACAACAAUGAAUCGUAUGCAAAAACAAAACUUAGAAGAAAUGAGAAAGGAGAUACAAUCGAUUGGAGCAGAAAUGAAGUCAUUCAUGAAACAAACCUAUGGCUCGCAACAAACAAGAGAGCCCGAAAAUGACGUGGACAUAGACGUUACUAAUCCUGGGGAAAGCUCUCAACAAACAGGACAGCUCGAAAAUGACGUGAAUAGAGACAUAACCAAUCCUGGGGAAAGCUCGCAACAAACUGGACAGCCCGAAAAUGACGUGAAUAGAGACAUAACCAAUCCUGGGGAAACCUCGCAACAAACUGGACAGCCCAAAACUGACGUAAAGAGAGACGUUAUCAAUCCUGGGGAAUGCCAGCAACAAACUGGACAGCCCGAAAAUGACGUGAACAGAGACGUUACCAAUCCUGGAGAAUGCCAGCAACAAACUGAACAGCCCAAAAAUGAUUUGAACAGAGAUGUAACCAGUCCUGGGGAAAGCUCGCAACAAACUGAACAGCCCAAACGUGCCGUGAACAGAGAUGUUACCAAUCUUGGGAAAAGCUCGCAACAAACAGGACAGCCCGAAAAUGACUUGAAUAGAAACGCAACCAAUCCUGGGAAAGGCUCGCACCAAGCACGACAGCCCAAGAAUGACACGAAUGGUAACGAGCUUGGAAAAGAGUUAAAUGAGAAUUGCACUUAAAAACAUAAACAAAACGCUUAACUCUCUUCAAGAAAACAGUUUUUAAAAAUUAUAGUACUCAGACUUCAAACGUUUACUUCUUCAAUGUUUUUCGUAAUGUCUAGAUUUAAAUUUUAAAUAGUUAUUACUUUUUUAUUUGUAAGUAUUGCUACAUCUUGAUCAAUGCCUUGAUAAAUACCUGCAGGUUAAAAUUCUUCCUGAGGGCCUCUUUCUCAGAGUUAUUAACGAAGCUUAAGAACUCGACGACAGAGACCCUCAGCUAAACAAAAGGUGGCAAAGAAGAAGAAGUGUAGACAACGAACUUGAUAUCUAAAAUAAAAGGUAAUAACUCGAAUAAAAACUUCCCAACAGCACUUAUGUAAAUAUCGUAUAUUGAUCAUCAUAACUUAACUUUAUACACCAAAAUAGCUAAAUAUGCAUGCAUGUGGCAAAACAUUGAGUACAAUUAACAAUAUUACAAUAUUAGCGGCAAGAGUUAUAAAGCUACGAAAAGUAUGAUCUACAAUACCUGGAACAAUGUGUUAAUCACUUUAUUGGUACCGCCCAUUAAGGCAGCGUCUUUUAUAGACUUUGAGUAUGUUCGCGUGGUUUAAUAUUCACGAAAUUGCAAAAAUGGUAUCCUACUCUAAUUUAAAUUAUUUUAGUUGUAAAUAUUUACGCAAGAUUUAAUUAUCGCGAGAUGCAGGUCCUCGCGAAUAUAGCGAAAGUUGAACCCUGGCGAAGAAUUCUGCAUUUACAGUAUCUAUGAAUUUUAAAUUCAAGCAUAUGAUUUAGACACCAUUAAUAUUUUGGCUCACUAAAGCAGGAAAUGCUCAAGGUGAGCUAUGUGGACCUGUCAUUGUCCGGCGUCCGUCAUCGUUCGUCGUUCGUCGUCCGUCAAACGUCAAAAUUUACCUUGUUAACAUUCUAGGAACCACAUGUACAACAAUAUACAUGGAAUUAUAUCAGAAUGUUUAUCUUGAUGAUCUUUAGGCCAAGUUUGAAACUGGAUCUGUGGGGUCAAAAACUAGGUCACUAGGUCAAAUUGUAGAAAUAUUUUGUUAACGCUCAUGCGAAUUGGUCAGAGUGUUUGCUUCAAUGAUCUCAAGAUCAGGACUAUGUGGGGGUAAAAAACUAGGCCACCCGGUUAAAUCGGAGGAAAAGUUUGUUAACAGUCUAGAGGCCACAUUUAUGACCCUAUCUUUAGGAAAUAUAGUCAGUAUGUUUAUCUUUUUAUCUUGAUGAUCUUGUUGCAAAGUUUGAAACUCAUGUGCAUUGUUCAGAAUGUUUGUUUUGGUGACCUCUAGGUCAAGUUUGAAAUUUUGGUCGUGUACAGUCUAAAACAAGGUCACCUGGUCAAAUCAAAGGAAACGCUUGUUAAAAUUCUAGAGGCCACAUUUAUGACUUUAUCUUCUCGAAACUUGGUCAGAUUGUUUAUCUUGAUGAUCCUUAAGCAGAUACUGAACUUGGGUCAAAUAAAAAUCUUAUUAACGUGCUAGACACCCAAUUUCACAUUUGAAUUUCAUGACAAUUUGUCAAAAUGUUUGCUUUUUUUGAAUUCUAGGUCAAUUUUGAAUAUGGGUCAUUUUGGAACAAAAACUAGGUCACCUGGUCAAAUCAGAGAUAUGCAAUAGGGGUAGCAUUCUCAUUUGACGUGAAUGAAACUUCGUCAGAAUAGUUGUCUCUAUGAAAUCUCUGACGAAUAUUUAUCCAGAUAACGUUGGAUGAAAAAUCAGUUAACCAGGCCAUAUCAACGAAAAACUUUGUCAUACCAGAUACUAGUAGCUUCCUUGCUUUACGCUUAACAUUAGGAGGAAAGUGCUAGGACUGGUCAGCCCAAGGUCAGUAUAAUGUGACUGGGUGGGGUAUCAUGUCACGUGUCUACGGCGUGAUAUUCCAGUGAGGCUGCACUAUAAGUUGGGCAUAGUGCUUACUGCUACAAGUAGACACCGUCGUUUAUAUGACUGAAAAAUUGUUGAAAAAAGACGUUAAACACACACAUACACACACACACACACACGCACACAACAACAACAACAACAACACACAACAAAACACACACACUGCGUGUUUUUUCCUUCCGCUCAUUUAAUUUUAUUUUUCUAGAUGAUGUAUGCUCACAAUUCAUCAUUAUUUUAAAUCAUGAUUUUCAGCUCACCUAAGCACGAAGUGCUCAAUGUAAGGUAUUGUAACCUGUUUUUGUUCGUCGUUGGCGGUGUGCAUCGUACAGCGUCCGUCAACAUCAUUUGCAUUGUUAACACUCUAGAAAUCAGAGAUAUGACUCAAUCCUUAUGAAACUUAGUCAGAAUGUUUAUCUCGAUCACAUCUAGAUGAAGAUAGAAUCUAGAUUAUGUAAGGUAAAAAACUGGGUCAUCCAGUCAAACCAAAGGAAAAGCUUGUUUACAUCCUUAAGGUCACAUUUGUAUCCCUAUCUUAAUGAAACUUUCCGAAAUGUUUUUCCUGAUGAUUUAAUGAAACCUAGUCAUGUGGAUUUAAAAACAAGGUCACCUGGUUUAAUCAAAAAAUAAUUAUAAACAACAAAUAUGGAGCACUCAUGCGGUGACAUCUAGAGUCUGAUUCUCCAGUCUGGUCCCAAAGAUUAAAAAAGUGUUUUAGCAUUGCAAAUGCACAACGCAGGGCAACAAGAAUGGUUAAAUCAUUAGUAGGACAAACUUAAAACCAAAGACUAAGCAUCUUGGGUUACCUACACUAGAGUACAAUAGGGUGAGAGCCGAUAUGAUAGAAUUGUCCAAAAUUCUCAAUGAAAUAGAUCAUGAAGAAAAUAAUGAAAUGUUUGUUCAAGACUUCUCCAGAAAUACUAGAGAUCAUAACAAGAAAUUAUGCAAAAAGAGAUCCGUACAGAAACUCGGUAAAAUGUUUCAGUCUCAGGGUGGUUGAUACAUGGAACAACUCCCUGAUCAAGUGGUAAAUGCACUCACUUUUUUUUUUCUUUUUAAGUCUGGACUUAACAAAUUUUGUGUUGUGGCAAAAGAUUUUCGCCUAGUUAGCUUGAGGAGGUUAAAUUGUACUAAAAGCCUCAACAUAAGACAGUGUAAAACAAUGUACAUAGUUCAAGUUAAACAAGUGUGAACAGUGUUUAUAAAAUACAUAAGGCAAUGUGAAGCACUGUACAAAGUUUCAAGCUAUUGAGAAUCGUGUUGUUAUAAUUAUUAUAAUACAAAUGAUACAGAUAACAAAACAGUAUAAAGUAAUCUACAUGUUAUUGAAACUAUUAUAUAAAUGGAAAAUAACAAAAUAUUAGUUGUUUACUAUAAGUAUAUACAACAUGAACAACAUCUGGCGGCAGGAUACCAAUAUAACGUGCGAGUUCAAUUUCAUUUAGCUCGAUUAAAACUGUCAGCAGUAUUAUAGACUGGUUUACAAUAUGCGCUAAGAAACUGGGUAUUCCCCCCAUUAAGUCGAAAGCUGAUGCUUUUGGGUUGUCAGUACCGGUACGAAAGUUAGUUUUUGAAGAAAUGUGAAAAUUGUGGACCAAAUGGAGUUACGACAUGCAUUGCAAUAGAAAGAUUACACCCUUGUGAAUCUAUCAACAACAGGAAAUUUAACAUGAAUUAUUAAGAGGAAAAAAUAAAAACGUAAAUCGCUUUUCAUUAUCUUUAAUAAUAAUAAUUUUAAACAUAUCUUGCUUAGAUUAUUUCAGUUAUACGUAUUUUCAUAAUAUAAGUUUUUCUGCUAACAAGAUUUGAUAACAUUUAUCUUUAUAUAACUAAUGCAUUCUUUGUGUUACUAUUGAUAAAAUUAUGUUAUUGUUUUUCAAUGUGACCGUGUUAUGUAAAAGAUAGAUAUUUACAUAUAAUGAAAACUAAUUUUUUUCUAGUAUCAUAAUGAUAAGAUAAUGAAAAAAGUCACAUCAGAAAUUGAUUUUUUGUACUGAUAUAAAAAAGUUUACAGAAAAAUCGUGGUUAUUUUUAUCAUAAACGUACAAUCAUGAAUAGCUACAGAAAUAUAACACAACAGGAUGAAAUCAGAUUAUUGAGUUUCACCUGUGCAAGAAAUGUCAAAACGCAUGAUAGCAAAUAUGAAUGAAUAUGGAAGAUAAAUCGCAUAUAUAUAUAUCUUAGAACCUCUCUUAGAAUAAUGAUAUGUAUGCAGUUGCUUUAUACUGCAAAACGGACAGUCUACACGUUUUUAAAAUUAAAUCGGUGAAUGUAAAACAACAUUCUGCAAGAUACAUGUAUAAAGUCAAUAACUAAAUUCUCAAUAAUUGCGCAGAAGCAAAUCAAAAUCAUUUCAAAAUUAUUAAGAAAUUAUUACUUACUAAAUUUUAAGGCAGUACAUAAAUAUUACAAGAUGAAAUGAUCUUUAAAAGUUUAAAAGUUAAAGACAGUUUUGAAAUAAAGGGAUGUAAAAUACAAAAAUGCCUUACAUUUUUCUUUUCUUGUUAUUGCAAAAAAAAAUAGAAGAUAACCCUUAAAUUUGGCGCAUAAACUCUUUGUUGUUUUAAAUGAAGUACUUGAAAUAAUAAACAAAAUUAUAAGAAAACUAAAGGUUAUUUAUGUACCAGGUACUGCUUUCAAAUUAAAAUGUAAACUACAUGCAGGCAUUAGAUUAUCAAAUUUAAGCCGAAUAUGUGGUUAAUAAAUCAAUUCAGCAUUAUUGUUAUAAUAUUUAAGAAAGUGUAAAUUCUGCAAGUUUGUCAGUGUACAUUAUACAUUAUUAUACCGACGGCUACGUGUUUCACUCUUCGCAGUGACGAGGUAUUUCAAUCAUGUUGUUUUAACGCGUGUCAGUUGGGGUUAAUUGACAAUUUUUGCCGAUAAUUGAUCAAGUUUAAGACAAUUGCUUCGCGUGGUAUGAAAUGCACAUUUUUUCCUUAUAAUAUAUUUGUCAAACAUUUGAAUUAUGUUGUUUUUUUGUUUUUGUUUUCAUUAUCAUCAGCAAUAAUGCCUAAUACACAAUAUAUUUCAUAAACUGGAUCUUAUAGGUUACCAGUGUAAAGAUAAAAUUGUGUUCAAGUUAAACUUGAUAUAGUAUUUAAUUAACAGUUAUUCGAAAUUGGUUAAAUUAGUAUACAUAACAAUCUGUUAAAUGUUACGUCCAGAUAAACUACUGAAUAACUUUUAUUAAUUCGUAAUGUGUGAUAUGUUUAAUUAACAUCGUAGUCCGUUCUGUAUACUGAUAUGAAAAUAAAUAAAAUACUACUUUUAUAUACCAAGUAUAGUAGCAAACAAUUUAAAAGGAAAUAAACUUAAUUUGAAUUAACGGCGCCGCUUUAUUUUAAUUCCUAUUAUAGUCAACGUUUUCAUGAUCAAUGUAACUCAUCAUUUUAAAUAUUAUUGCAUCUAAGAUAUUACAAGUGUUUUUGAUAAAAGUAAAAUUUUAUAAACUUUAAGAUACAUUCAUUAGUUAUUUAGCCAUUUGCAAUAAACCCGACUGCAAAUAAUUCGUAAAAUCAUUCGCUAAGUGUAUAAAUAUGCCCCGUAGUCAGCCUUACCUGGAUUUCGCGGUGACUGCCGGUGAUUCGCCGCGAUCCAUCGCGAUUCAGCGCGUUCCGCUGAGAUUUUUCAUCGCGGGUCACCGUGAACACUUUAUCUAUAAUUGAUCACGGGGUCUUACAAAAUCAUCGCGAUUUAUCACAGUCUUAAGUAAUGAUUCAAUGAGAAAAAUCAUCGCGAUUUUCCUUUCAGUGUAAAUAUUUGUGCCGGUGGUAACGCGGAAAAAGCAAAAUACGCGAGUCAGGGACUGUAUAUACUAGUGUAUUAUUUGAAAUAUUAAACCAUCCAAGUCAAGCCAUGUAGAAUUUUGUCCGCCUCGAGCCCACAAACCCGAAAUAGGCAGGUAAAUGUUUUGUCCUCCUAGAUAUCUGCCCAUCAGACAUAUUUUAAGGUUUAUUGCUAUCUAUGUUCAGACAUCGAAAUAUCUAACUUACGGAAUGGUUUUAGUACUGCAAAAUAAUUGAUUUAUUUUUCUGCUAUACUCGAUGUUUCAGUUUUGUUUGACUAACAUAGGAAGCUUUACGUUAUGCAGGAAGAAACGUAACAUUACUGCUUCGUUUCAAAACGUAAUUAAACAAAAGCUAUUGAUGGUUAUUUAUGUUGUAUCUACAUAAGUUACAAAUUUUAGAUGUGAUCAUUAAUCUAAAAUACAAUAAUGUACCUAAAAUACUUGUUUUCGAUAUGUUUUCUUAAUAGUCAUAACAAGAAUGCUAUAAUCAUCGUUUAUAGCAUAUGUAUAUCUACGUUAAUCUAUUUUGAUUCAAACAAGACCAGAAGAUCUAUUCAUUUUCAUACUACAUAUGCCGUGCGCUCGAAAUAAAUUGUUAAGCUCUGUAGAUACUAUGUCGCGUGUGCAAAAUAAGAUGUUAAGCCCUGUAGAUCAAAUGUCAUAUGUGCGAAAUAAGAUGUUGAGUGCACAAAAUAAGGUGUCGAGUGCAUGAUAACAUGUCAUUUGAACGCGUUAAUAAGUGAUGCGCACGAGACAACAUGUCAUGCGCACGAGAUAACAUGUCAACGGACGAGAAAAGAACUGAAGCGGUCUCCUCAAUAUAAUUUAUAUUCAAAAAUGUUUUGUGUUUCCUACCCGUAGCACCGUAACAAAAAAAAAUUCAGUAUGUUCACAAACACAUUUUCCUUACAAUUAUCUAAACAAUGCCUACGACAAAUCAAUUAUGCAAUGCAUUUUACAGUCAAAUACACAAAUACAUUUACAAGCUCAAGUUCUUGUGCAAAACAAGAUUAUACGUCAGAAUAAACUUUAUGUCCUUUACUUAGAACCAUUGUACUUAAUCGUUGUGGAUUCUUGUAACGCAAAUAUCCACUGUGUCUCCCAAAAUAUCUGCCCCUAUUUUGAAUUAAUCCCCAGAUAAUAGUCAAAUUAUCAUAAGACUAAACCUACGUCAAAUAAAACAAAUAAAACAUAUCAAGUUACAACUGAAAUGAUCUUACAAAACGUUUUCAAAAUUUGAUGACGUGGUAGAUUACCAAAUGGUGGGAAUUACUCAAAAUAGAUUGAGUGUUUUGUGCAUAUCUAACAAUAGUAAAGCAAAUAUUUCAAUCUGACUGAAAUACGUGAUCAUAAUAAGGUAAAGGUGGCAUUUAGGAGAUGAUUUAAAUCAGAUUGACAAAUGUUUAAAUCAGUGAUCGACAUUGGUUUGAAGAAAGAGAUAUAAAAGCCUUAUCUUCAUUGUGUAUUUUUUCUGCAGUUCUCUGCUAUACUCAUAAUACAGAUAUUUAAACGUGUCGGACUUAAAACUGAGAGAUAGAGAAUAUUAGGUUACUGUCAUGUAAAUUUUAAUUUAUUAAGUGAAUCGUAGAAAAUAUAUAAGUUGACGUUCUAUUUAUCCUACCUUCUGGUCUAAAACUGACCUGAUAAAGCAAUAUUUAUCAUACCCCUUGAUUUUUGCCUUUACUUUGCAUUAAAGUAGGAUAAAAUGUUAUGGCGUUAUAUUAUCUUUAAAAAAACGUUAAUAAUAAAGUACCUUACCACUGAAAAUGAGUCCUCUGUUAAUAAGUAAACAAAAGUCGCCGUUUUUUAAGGUUUAGGAGUAUAUCACCAAAACACAGAAAUAUUUUAUAAACGAAUAACAUCGUUACCAAUAUUUUACUUAAACUUUUAAAGAUCAUUUCAUCUUGUAAUAUUUUACUUAACCAUUACAUGUUCUGCCGUACUGUCCCGUACUGAAAAUAUUCUGAAAAAGUUGUCCCCC